AGAAGAUAUAUAUGUACCUUACUAUAUAUAGCCCCUAUCCCGCCUCUGUCCUCCUCCUCGCUCGCGCAUCCGAUAGUUCGCUGUCCCGUGUAUAUAUAUCGAAAAAAAGAAUGACAUCAGUCGCCCAAAGAGAGGCCGUUCGCCCCCGAAAUUCCCGAAAGCCGCGAAGCAUCCCCGGCAGAAGGGUCUUUGGCGGCCUCGUCUCGAGUUGUCUCCAGUCUUUUUCCUUUCCUUCAGCCUCACUACUCGACCAGCCCAAUACAUCACAUAAACAUACACCAUCCAUCCAUCCAUCCCAUCCAAUCGUUGAGGCAAAAAAAGCUUUCUCACUUCCUCUCCCUCUCCCUCUCCUUCUCCUUCUCCCUUCUCUCCCUUCCUUUCCACCCCUCUUCUUCCUCUCUUCUCCGCUCCUUUUCCACCCCUCCCCUCCCCUCAACUCUCCUCCCCGCUGUCUUCCCAUGGCUAUGGCCGCCGUCUGUCUGGCUUUCUGUUCUUAAUUGAUCGCUGCUGGGAGAGGGCCGUGUACCUGGCGCCAGGAACCAACUUCUCGUCCUCCGCCUGAUAACGACCGGCCGUGCUGUCGCAUAAGCAACAGAGCGGCGUCAUCGUCGCCAAUACG